GCUGAUUUUGCAUUUGUAGCUGAAAAAUAUCUAGUCUCCAUACAAAAUCCAAGGUCGCCCACUCCCCCUUCCAACAGAACAUGAAAUGGUCGGCCCCUUAGGCCUAGUAUAGUAAUAACCAAUAUGCUUGUCAUUUAUCUUUCUCUCCUAUUAGCUAUUUUCUGUGGUCGUCGUUUUUCCAGAAUAGAAAUCAAACCAAAUAAGAACUGUCGCUGCACACGUUGGUAUUUACCAGUACCAUUUAACUUUUAUUUUAUCCCUGUAGGCUAGGGAAUAAUUCCCCACUCCCACUUGGAUUAUCAGAGAUUGGCAUUCUUACUAGCCCGUUAGCCCGUGUCAGUCUGUCGAAUGUAAAAGGUAUUGUGAAGGCUGGUAUAAUAGAGGGUCGUUAUAUGGUAUCGCUAUUCGGCCUAGCAAACGUUUAAGGUUAAUGUCUACAAGAGAUGAUCCAUAUCAAAGUGAACAAAAUUCACCCUGUUUCGAGUAAUGGAGGCACGAAAAACACCCAGUUUCACCUGCACAAUGUUUUCAAACUGAUGUAGGCAACGUUUCAGUUGUAAGUUACAACUUAAUCCCGGUGUUCAGACGAAAUAAACCCGGCAGUUUCACCCUCGGCAAUGCCAUUAGGCUUGACCACGCCGGAAGCUGGCGAUGAGCCUCGUUCUGACUCCUCGAACUCCGUAACGUAGUUACCGUUGCCGUUAUCGACGUCCCUUCUGUUUUCAACAGAAAAAACGAUCGCUUUUGCUCCGCUGACCUCUACGUUUUGCUCACUGCUGUAUCAUUCCAAGUGUUUCUUCUUCCAAGAUGAAUACAAGGCUUCACAUUCAAGCUCGGGAGGACAUAAUUCGCUAUUAUGGCACUCCUGCGGCUGUGAGUUUGUGGCCGUCUCAGGAUGAGGAGUCCGACUGUAAAAAACGAUCGCUUUUGCUCCGCUGACCUCUACGUUUUGCUCACUGCUGUAUCAUUCCAAGUGUUUCUUCUUCCAAGAUGAAUACAAGGCUUCACAUUCAAGCUCGGGAGGACAUAAUUCGCUAUUAUGGCACUCCUGCGGCUGUGAGUUUGUGGCCGUCUCAGGAUGAGGAGUCCGACUGUCGUUCCCUGGCUGUGUCCCCUUCCCGUUGUCCCGACCCCCUGAGCGUCUUCACUCCGUUCUGGGCCCGCCCUGUCUACGGUGAGACGCUCCCCGCCCCCGUCACCAUCAACCACGCUGAUUACUAUCCUGCCCCAAGUGACGAUGAUGACAGUGACUACUGGGUGUACGAGGACGAGGACGACCACAGCUUUGUGGAUGACAGAGAGAUUCAUCCCUUUAGAAAGGCGCUGACGAGAGCGGCUGCCUUCUUUAGGAAGAUCUUCUCUUAGACUCCUUUAUCCUUUUAAUGUCUGAAUGUGUGCAAGUGAGUGAAUGAAUGAGCAGGUUUGUAUGUAUGUGUGCGUUUGUGUGAGAGUAAAUAUAAGAUUGAAUGAGCAUGUGUGUGUGUGUGUGUGUGUGUGUGUGUGUGUGUGUGUGAUAGAGAGAGAGAGAGAGAGAGAGAGAGAGAGAGAGAGAGAGAGAGAGAGAGAGAGACUGAAUGAAUAUGUAUGUUUGUGUGUGUGUAUUGUGUGCGUGUAAGAGUAAAUGAAAGGUUGAAUUAUCAUGUCUGUCUGUAUGCAUGUAUGUGUGUAUAUGUGUGUGUGAGUGGUUGUGUGUGAGUGUGAGAGAGUGAAUGAGCAUGUAUGUAUGAUGUGUGUAUGUAUGUGUGAGAGGGAGUGUGUAUAUUGUGUAUAUAUGUUAGAGAUGAGAGUUGGCGUGAAUGAACGAGCCUACAUGUAUGUGUGUAUGAGAGAGAGAGAGAGAGAGAGAGAGAGAGAGAGAGAGAGAGAGAGAGAGAGAGAGAG